AGUAAUCUGAUGUUAUGGUAGAGAAUCUAAUCCAACAAUAUUCGGGAUUUACUUUGUGUUAAUCAGUUAGCAUUCAGUGAUCAGUUGUGAUGUUAUGCUCGGUAGACUUUUUGAACUUGACGUCGUAAAGUGUACAUUUUUUUUUUAAACGAACAUAACAAUUAUUGGGAUGCACCCUAUAUGGGUAGCAUUGCCAUUGUGCUUGGCUCUAAGUUUAUCUAUUAGAGCUGAAGUGUAUACGGCUCUUGCUGAACUCGAAGAAUUAUUAGAGACUGAAUCAGUUCUUUUGAGGACUCUCCAUCAAUACAUAUCUGACCAAGAACAAAGAAUAGCUUCACUUAAAAAACAUGCAUAUGAUUAUGAAAAAGAACAUAAGAUCGCCGCAAAAGACAUUACCAACUACUUAUCUAAUCCAAUUAAUGAUUACUUAUUAGUGAAACGAUUAACCAGUGACUGGUACAAAACUGAAAAAUUAAUGCAGGACCCUUAUUAUGAUGCUGCAAUGAAGAAUCUAACCCAAUAUCGUGAGCUCUUAAAAUUCCCUACCGAAGAAGACUUGUCGGGUGCGGCAACUGCUCUUAUGAGGUUGCAAGACACGUACAAACUUGACACGUCAUCUGUUGCCAGAGGAGAAUUGAAUGGAAUCCAAUAUAGCACACAACUUACUGCUGGUGACUGUUUUGAAUUGGGCCGACAAUCUUACAAUGGUCGAGAUUUUUACCACACUGAAUUAUGGAUGAACGAAGCACUGAGAAGACACGAAGAAGAGAGAUCCAAUAGCACUACAGAUCGAUGGGAAAUAUUGGAAUACCUUGCUUAUUCUACUUUUAUGCAAGGUAAUUUGAAGAAGGCUUUACAGUUGACUAAUGAGCUAUUAGUUUUGUUUCCAAAUCAUGAGCGCGCUUUAGGAAAUAGAGCUUACUAUGAAGCAGCUAUAAAAAAUGGUACUAAAGACAUGGAAAAAUCUGAUUCUAAUCAAAGGAGCAUGGGUUCCACUUCUUUAGAUCCAGAAGAACGUGACCGUUAUCAGAUGUUAUGUAGAAAUGAAAAAUUAAUGUCUGUGAAAGAGAGUUCAAAACUUCAUUGCCGUUAUACUACCAAAAACAACCAAGCCUUCUUGAUAAUUGCUCCACUGAAAGAAGAAGAAGCCUUUUUGAGUCCACGCAUAGUUUUGUACCAUGACAUUUUGUAUAACAACGAAAUCGAUGUUAUAAAACGUUUGGCACAACCUAGGCUUAGAAGAGCUACUGUUCAAAAUUAUAAAACUGGCGAGUUAGAAUUUGCAGAUUAUAGGAUUAGUAAAUCUGCAUGGUUAAAAGAACACGAAGACAAUGUAAUUGCUAAUGUGGCAAAACGUGUUGAAACUAUGACAGGUCUUACUACUGAAACUGCGGAAGAACUACAAGUAGUUAAUUAUGGUGUUGGUGGACAUUAUGAUCCCCAUUAUGAUUUUGCAAGAAGAGAAGAAACGAAUGCUUUUAAAUCUCUUGGAACUGGUAAUAGAAUUGCUACAGUUUUAUUUUAUAUGAGUGAUGUAGCACAAGGUGGUGCUACUGUAUUUCCAUGGUUAGGAGUUGCUUUAAAACCAGUGAAAGGCACUGCUGCAGUGUGGUUUAAUUUGUAUCCUAGUGGAAAUGGAGAUCUUAGAACUAGACAUGCUGCUUGUCCUGUACUGCAAGGGUCUAAAUGGGUGUGCAAUAAAUGGUUACAUGAAGUAGGACAAGAAUUUAAAAGACCUUGUGAUCCUAAAGAAAAUAUUGAGGCAACUAGCCAAAGUUAAUAACUACUGACUUUUGAUAUAUAAUUUUUUUGAUGUGUUUGUGUUGAUUAAUUUGAAUUUUUUUUACUAAAUAAAAUUUUCCAUAUAUUUUUUAGUAA